AUGACCGGAGAAUGGGGGACCGCCCUGCUGUGCUCCCGAUGUCUGCGCGGCCUGGGGCCGGCGACGACAGACAUCGCCACGCGUCUCAAACGCAUCAAGGGCAAGGAGAAGGCGUUGCCAGACACAGACUGGCUGCUCUAUUCCCAAUGGCUCUUUACAAAAAAAUGCGGAAGCCAUGUCUUCCCCCACGCGAAAGCCUCUCCCCACCCGUGUCGCAACCUGCGCGCCCUUCCAUCCCUCCUCGCCGCGUCUCCCGGCACCCUCCCUUCCAGAGCACCUCACCGAACUCAGGCCCGACACCAUUUCUCCACCAACGCCGGCGCCGCACGACGACCCCAGGACGCGCCAAAUCCCGUCGAGCUGCUCGACCGCUUCACCCGGGGCCGUCCAUACCAAGACAAACCCAUAGAAGUGCAGGACGCCUGGGAAUCCUACAACCUCGUCCGAGAUCGCAAUAGCGUGUUGGCCACGAAGCCGGAAAUUGUCAUUCCCUUCGUCGACCGCAUGGCUACAGGCGCCGAAGCCCUUUACACGUCAGACGGGAGUCUCGACGCGCUCAAUCAGUGGGCGACGCUCCUCAUGCCUCUGCUGUCAGAGGUAGAAUCCCUCAUCGAGCCAGUGUCGCUAGAGGCCUUUUCGAGGCAGUGUCUCUGGGUCCGCUGCAAGGCCCUCGCGGGUGACAUUCCCGCCGCGCUCUCUGGUGUGACGAGAAUGGAGUUGCUUCGAGAUGGGGAGGACCCGGCCAUCGAGUGCAGGGCGUACGAGAGCCUUCUCUUGGCCAUCCAUCGCACCCAGGGUCCCGUCAAGGUUCUCGAGGUCAUCUGCCAAAAAUGGACAGCUCUCGGCGGGCGCAUCUUCGAUCCGCAGUACAGAUACUACGGCAAGGCGGUCAACGACGCGCUCAAGUCGCUCUCCGACACUGCAUUUUCGAUCCUGGACGACAUUGAGUUUCCCGCGGCUGUCGUCGCUGCACGGAGAGACAAGGGCGACAGGGCAGAACGGCUACGGGCGGGGGAGCUUCUCAUAACCUUCCUGAUCGUCAGACGAUGUCCGGAGGACGCUUUCGCUGUGCUCGAAGAGUUGCAUCAACAGGGACUGCGGCCCAACCUGACGCUGCAACUGGAGCUCGUUCUUUCCCUUGUUCGUAACAGAGUCUUUGAGCUCGCAAAUCGUCUCUAUUCGACCUUGUCUACCUUUGUAGAGCCCGGCGCUGAGCCCAGGGAAUACAUCAUGAGCGGCCUCCACCUAUUCGCCCAUCAAGGCGACGUUGACCGUGCGGAGCAUUACUUUGGGAUCCUCAAGGAGCGGAACGCUGUCGGGGUCUCGAGCAUCUCCUUGCGCCUGCAUGUGCACGCUCUCCACGGCGAUACGGCGAGGGUCAUCCAGUUAUUCUACGAAGAACUUGCCGAGGCGCGCGGUCGAGGAGAAGCUCGGAGACGUGCACGCGUCCACCACUACACCUCCGUCAUUAUGGCUCACGCCCAGCGUCGCGACUUUGACGGCAUCAACACCUGGCUCGAGGAGAUGGUCAAGGCGGGCAUCCGUCCCGAUCGGUACGUCUACGAGGUCAUCCUCAACAGCUUUGCCAUGCGCGGCGAGGUCGACGAGAUCGGCACGGUCCUCCAACAGAUGUUCGAAGCGGGCUUCGCGCCCAACGAGAUCACCUACACGACCGUCAUCACGUUGCUGGCGGAGCGGAGGGAUGCCGUGGCCGCAGAGGCGAUCUACAAGCAGGCCAUUCGAGAGGGCGUCGUUCCGGACCGACAGAUGAUCGCCGCGCUCAUGAACGCCCACGCAGAGGUCGGGUCCUGGCGGGGGGUCAUCAGGGCCUUCGACUACAUGACCUCGUCGAAGACGCGGCAGAUCCGCCCGCGCAUGGACGUCUUCAACAUCCUGCUCAAGGCGUACGUCCUCAUCGGCACUCCCUUCGAGACGGUCUCCCGCAUUUUUCGCAAGAUCGAGAACGCGGGCACGCGCCCGUCGAUCCACACGUUCACCCUGCUCAUCCAGUCUGCCUGCGAUUCUGGUCUCAUGGACGUCGCGGCCACCAUCUUCCAGGAGCUGGAGAAACUCGCGAAAGACUGGGAGACGGGGUUCCAGACGAACGCCUACGCGCUCACCGUGAUCAUGGCCGGCUAUCUGCGCCUCGGACACAAGGCAAAGGCGAAGGAAGUGUACGACGACAUGCUCGUGCGGGGCAUCCAGCCCACCUCUGUCACGUUCGGCGCCAUCCUGCGAGGAUACAGCAAUGAGGGAACGGAGGAGAACCUCCAGCUGGCACAGGACUUCUUGCGGUCCCUCAUGGAUUCGGAUCCCAACGACCGGGCGUGGCUCGUGAGCUCGAACACGCGGCUAUCCGGAAUGGAACACAUCUACGGGCCCCUGAUGUCGUCCCACGCGCGGAGAUCGAGUCCGGAGCAGGUGGAGGCCUUGUUUCAAGACAUGAUCGACCAGGGCGGAGAGCCGACGCUGAGCAUGCUGACGCUGCUGCUCAACUCGUAUCGCAAGGUGCGGGACGCCGACUCGGCGCGCAAGGUGUGGGGGCAAAUCGUGGGGCUCGGCAUGCGCUACUCAAAGGUGAAGGGCCUCUUCUCGGGCGCGAACGCGGAGCCCCCGCGCGAGGACCUCCAGCGCCAGGCGAGCAUCCUCUGCGUCCCGCUCUCGAUCUACAUGGACGUGCUCUCCGCCUCGGGGUUCCACCACGAAGUCGCGGACGUGUGGCAGAAGCUGAAGACGAUGCACUUCACCUUCGACUCGCACAACUGGAACCACCUCGUCGCCGUCCUCGUCCGCGCCGGCGAGCCCCUGCGCGCCUUUGGCAUCGUCGAGCGCAUCAUCCUCCCGUACCGCCAACAGCUGCAGCACACCACCGCGGACCGCGAGCGCGCGCCCGAGACGCCGCUCCUGUUCGACGACGAGAUGUUCGCCGGGGCGGACGGCCCGGACGAGAUCGUGCCCGCGCGCGCGGACCGCACGUUCGCCGCGGAGCGCCGCGCCGCCGCCGCGCGCCUCGCGACGCCGCACGCGCAGCUCCUCCGCGGCCGCGGCCGGGACUUUGCGCACCCGCUCCACAUCCUCCACCAGAUUUCGCCGUCGUGGCAGGCGUGGCGCCCGCACCGCGUGACGAUGCUCCUGCUGUCGAUGGUGCUCGACCACCUCGAGUCGGGCCGGCUGAUCCAGCCUAUCCUGCCGGACGACGCGCCCGCGUCGUGGGACGAGGAGUGGGACGAGGACCAGUCGGCCAAGGCGGAUGCGCUCAUAGAGAUGAUACAGGAGACGUGCCCCGAGACGCUGCGGGCGGUGCGGGACUUUAGGACGCAGGAGAGUGCGCAGGCGGAGAUCGACAAUAUGAUCUACUCGAAGCAACCGGGGGUGGCGAGCAUACAAUCGCGCGGCUAA